AUGUGCCGAGUAAUUGUGGAAAUGUUUAAAGAUGCUUACCCUGAACAUGUUUUGAAAAAAGAGAAUUUCGAAAUAUCUCCUCAUUAUCUUGUGAACUUUAGAGAGCGGCAAAAUCUGACAACAAGAAAGGCACAUUGGCACAGAAGACCUCAAGAUAAAGAAGAAAUGCAAGAGCGGAUACAACAAUUCAAUGAAAUUAAAGCGGAACUCUUUGAAAGAUUCAAAGACGAGCUUUGGCGGCUCGCAAAUGCAGAUGAAUCUUUCUAUGGAUGCGGCAUUGCAGGCGGUCUUACUUAUGCUAUUAAAGGAUCAGAAGGAGUCGAUAUACACAUUAACCACAACCAAAAGAAGGGUGUUACAAUCAUUGCAACCAUCACAGCUGAUGGAAGAAAACUUCCUUUGACAAUUGUGUGCAAAGGAUUGACAGACAGGUGCCAUCAACAAGUGAGCGACGACCGGAUCAUCAGCAAUGAAAAGAUCCUUCAUUCCGAAUCAGGAUGGUCUACCAAUGAGGUUUUCAAAUCUUACCUCGAAUGGGUUCGCGACUGGUAA